GAAACGACGACCAGAUGACAAUGAGGACGACAACUAUCAUCCCCCUCGUUCCAAGAGGACAAGGAAGGACCAGACCGAACAGGAUCCUUGUGCUAUAGAGUCUGGCUUUUCCUGGCUGCACACAUCCCUACUCGCCCUCGCCUAGUUAUUCCACAAGCCUCCACUUUCACUUUUCCUGUGGGACCAGGGCUCAGUGUGGCCUCCAUCUCAGACUAGACCCCCAUGGAUCCACUGCAGAAAUGGGAUCCAAUGUCAGUUGCUGUGCCCUCCCGCAUAGCCACUGUGAAGAGCUCACAAGAUGCUCCGGCAACCCCUCAGCCUUCCUCUUCAGAAAAGCUAAGCAUGGGCCUCAGUGUCCUGAGCAGCAGCCCCAGCCCCAGCUCAGGUGUCCCUGCUACUCUGUCAGAGGGGCUGUUCCAGCAGCAGGCCCGGGAGAAGGCGGCUCUGUGGCAGCAGUACUGGGAGAAGCAGGGCUUUCCUCAGAGGAAGAAAGUCUUCCUGAGGCACUCGAGACGCUGGCACCGGGAUCACCUGGCACCUUACCUGCUUGAAAGGGAUGUCAGAGCCUUUCCCUCAGGCGAUCGAGCUCAGAAUCAGCUUCGAUGCCAGGGCCACGUGCAGAAUAUUGCUGAGAUGAGUGGGGAGAGGAACACAGCCCCCAACCCUCCCUCGUGGGAAAUGCUGGUGCAGGGCCUCAAUGGCCUCACCCUUAGCCUGGGAGCCAACAGACCGGGCCCCCUGCCAGAGGGGCCUCGGCAGCAACAGCAGCCAGAGGACUUUUGCCAGCUGGAGAGACAGCAGGAAAGCCUGAAGAUGUUCCAGAGGAUGCUCAAGUAGAGGAUGCAAGAAGGCUGAGGUGCUGGCUCCCAAGAAUAAAUGUGAAAAUGCAUUUAGAAGGUGCUGCAUCGCUAUCUCGGGGGUGUGGACUCCUCUGAGGUCAAGGCAGUCCACUGCCACUGGAUAAGUCCCAACACUUGUGCUAUGAUGGGAAUUGUCCUUGGAACGAUCUCAACUAUCCUGCCUGUCUUUUCGCAUGCCUUUUUGGAUGUGGUGCUGCGUGUUAGCCUAUGCAGAAGAAAACUGGAUACCAGUGAUCCCCAAAUGCAUUUGAUGUGAUUCAUACACGGAGGUUUUGGUGUUUUUUUUUUUUCCUUAGAACUCAACACCUUUUCCACAUUCUUGUUGAAAAGAGCUAGUACCACAUGUAUAUAUGUAUAUAGUGUGAAGCCAUGGCUUCUUGAUGUCAGUUUAUUGAGUGUCCCCACAAGAAGGAUUACUACAUACCUUGUGACGCAUGUGGUGGGUAGGAGAGAGGGAGAGAGAUUCAAUUGCAGCUUCCAGAAACUGAAGCCGGGGAAUUCAGUCUUAAGGCAGCAACCCAGUGUACUGAAGUGGGUAAAGCAUCCUGUGGUGUGAACCUCCAUGGAAGAAGAGACGUUGUCUUCCUUAGGCAUACCAAAUGGUGGCUCAGUGCAGGAGUUUCCCACGUGCUUACUCAAUUAUUUUUGAAGCAGAAGUUGACUUGGAACUGCAGAACUAUAUCAUCUUCCCUCCUAGUCCUACCCUCUGGCUCUUCAUCUCAUUAAUAAGACAAUUUAAGGACACUCGGGCAGGUCAGGAAAGCCGUAGUUUCCUUUAGAUGAGAAGGCAAAGAGAUAAGAAGCUCCAGUAUGCCUGCUAGGGGCAGCAUGGACAGUCUGGGGCGUGGAUAAGGACUGUACUGAAGGAAGCUUGGAGUCAUCAUCAUGGCCUCAGAAAGUGGUUAGAUGUGAAUGUUUGCAGGGAUGUACUUUACAAUCCCAUCUUUUCCCGUAAUGGCACUAUAUAUAACCAAGGCCUGGGUAUGCACAUAUUAUUAACUGGAAGCUGGGGAGGGCUGUGCAGCUGUCCUUCAAGUGUUCCUUUAGUGGCCAAUGACCACAAGUGGCAAGUGCUCUAUCCAAUUCUAUUAGUGGGAGUGUUGGUGAUCUGUGUGUGCUGUUGGAUUUUAGUUUUGGUAAAGACUCUGAACAUCGGACACAUCAGUAGGGAGUGCAGAAAUUAGCUCCUAGGUAGAUUACCAAAGGGACAGCAAUUUACCUGCCUGUGUGCCACAUGGGGUUAGGGUAGCAGUGUGGGCUUGGUCAACUUUGGACUUGGCCAUUGCUCCAGUUUGUUGCAUAGCAACCAUUCUGCAGUGGGAACAUGAAAUCCAUGUGUGCUUAAAGGGAACGUGCUCUUAACCUUCAGGUUCAUUUUAUCUUGUUACUUCUGAGUGGACAGAAUUACAAUCCUGGGCAGCUAUUCACCAUAGCUUGGGAGCACUACCCAUUUAUAGCUUCUGAUUGACAGAGGGAGCUGGUCGAGGCCUUGAAACACAUCCCUGCCAAUUAUUCGAUGCCUUGAUCACUGUGUAGGUAAAGGCUGCCUGGCAAGAUAGCCCUUCUCCCUGGCCAUUUGGCCAUGAGAAGCAGAGCCUCUUGUGUACUAGGUAACAAGGGAGCACCUUCAUCCUCACAUGCCCUUUGAUCUGCAGGCUAUGUACAGGGCAUCCCUUACCCCUCUCUGACCCAAGGGGUGUGUCAGGGUGUACAUGUGUAUUUUAACUUUUCUGACAUGGAAUUGAUUUGCUUUGUUUCAAGGAUGAGCUACCCUCUGCUUGUACCAGAUGGCGUGAAAUCCCCUGUUCCAACUGUGAUAGCAGGUUCUCUUCUGUGAGUGCCUGCCUCCUGUUGUUUAUGUUAAGUAGAAUGUCACAGUGUGGUCUUGUCAGAGACUGUGAGGUAAAGAAACUGAGCAGUGAUCUCCCCUCCACUACUGGAGACAACUGGUUUGCAUUACACAGUGUGAGUUUUGUAACACAUU